AUCACACGAAUGAGAGUACAUUGGUUACCGUCUAUGAAAGCGUAAAAUCUGUUAUUUCCUUUCUGAUAAUAAAUUAACGGAAAAGUUUAUGAAGCGAGAUGCUUUUGGCUGAUUGGUGCCUUCUGCCUAGUGUCACAUUUAUGACCGCCCUUUGGACAGCCUCGUUUUUUAAACAUCAACUUAUCUGUUGAAAAUUUUCAAUGCUCAUAACCUUAUCAGUGCAAUAAUGGUAAUUUUAGUGCGGUAAUAUACAUAAUUUUUCUACUUAAAUGUAAUUGAAAUUUUGAUUUAUUUAUCUAUCGCGAUUCCAAAAUAAUGAAUUCAUGGUUCGAGUGACAAAUAUGUCAGAUUUUCAAGAAGUUUGGCAAGACAUUGAGACGAUGAUAUUGGAAAAUGGAACAAAUAACAAUCUCAUAUUCGCCUGUCGCGAUAAAUGCGAUGAAACGAAUAACGCUUUUGAUUCAUCGACUACUUCCAAUAAACCAGAAACCUAUUGCUGGAGUAAUAGCAGUACCAAUAAAAGCGCAGAUUUAUCGCAAACUUCUACCGCAUCAGACCACAAUAACAUAUUUGUCGAUAGUUUUUCAUAUAACAGCGUCUACAUGUACAGUAAAAAUGACCAAUACGGAAUGAUAAAUGCCAGCUGUACCACUCGUCAUCACGCAGCUACGGUUGGCGAUUUUAAAAAAGAUCCAGAAACCACUUCUCAGCAGUAUUUUCCAGCUGUAGUUUCGGUGAAAUCUGCAGAAAACGACGAUUCUACCUGUAAUCAAAACACUACAAACGAAAUAUUCAACCAGCAGAUUCUCAGCACUUACGAUUACAACGAUAAACGAGAAAAUCAAAAUGUUUUCAAUAGCGGUGAUACGAGUAAAUGCAAGCCAUUUGGUUAUCAAUAUCAGCCUAUAAAUUAUUGCGGAUAUGUCGAAGAAACCAAGCCAGAUUUGAGUUUUGAACCUUGUUGGCGUCGUCAUCAUUUGAACAAUACAUCUUCUUCCUCAUCUGCAUCGCCAUUUUAUCCGUCCAUAUCCAAGUAUCCUAGAAUUCCUAAUAAUCAUACCACCGCUGCAAACGGAUUAAUACAAAAUUAUAGCUCGAAUUACUUGAAACCAAAUUUACCAGCUAAGACUCGCAGACCUAACUGGGAAAGAAGAAAGGUCAUCGUGCAUACCUGUUCUCAUAUCGGUUGCGGAAAAACGUACACGAAAUCUUCGCAUUUGAAAGCUCAUCUCAGAACACACACUGGAGAAAAACCGUUCCAGUGUGGGUGGAAAGGUUGCGGAUGGAAAUUCGCCAGAUCAGACGAACUUACCAGGCAUUAUCGUAAACAUACAGGUGAUCGACCGUUCAGGUGCAGGUUUUGCGAACGAUCGUUUUCUCGUUCCGAUCAUUUAUCUUUGCACAUGAAACGGCAUAUGAAUACGUAAGUUGUUCGCCAAGGAUGUAUAGUAUACAUGUCCUACCUAUAUAAUGUGAUUUGAAGUGAAAAUAUUUGUGUAGUUUAUAACUAUAGGUGUGUUGUUGUAUAAAAUGUAAUUUAUGUAAGUUUGCAAAAAUCGAGUCAAUUUUUAUCAUUUUUGUUUUUGUUGAAUCAGGUUGAUUGGUGUAGCCUACCUGUACGGAUGCUGCACUAAUCGUUUGGUAAAAGAAUUGCACGAGGCGAGGGUGAUGCUUAUCUUACAAAUUAAAGAGAAAAAAAGACUAAAAAUGAUACGAGUUUUCCUCACCUACGGUGGGCUUAUG